GUCCCUUGGUAGCUUAUCACCAAACCUUGGGCUAACAUACCUCCCUCCCGAAGUCCUUAGGCAGGUACAGUCUCCAUCGUUAGGUACACACCGCCAGCGCCAACUCACGAAUCAUAGCCUAGUGCCUUGGUGCCCCAAUUUGGUUGCCUUCUUCCCAGGGGUCUGGUCUGACCUUUGCUGGUGGGCCGCAAAGCCCAAUUCCUACAAAGGGCGGGCCAUUAUGCCUUUUUCCGAUCAGCAGCAGCGCGUAGGCAGGACUAGGAAGAAUUCGAUAUUUGGCUGGCCGUCGAAAGGCAUCUCCUCCAUCAUCAACACCUCCGUCUCGAGUACCUUGUCGUCCAUUCCCAGCGGUACACCAGAGCCUCCCUCUACGACCGACGAUUCGGAUUCCUAUACCUACCCUUCACCACAACCCACCAUUGCAUCGUCGCGACACCGCCGGAGCAUCUCUACUUCACAAGGCGCCGAUUCUACCCUGAGUCGCUCUACGUCUCUGCGUUCUUCUUCCACAGUAGGAAGCGCGAGCUUCAGUUCAAACAAUCGGGCCCCCUCAGCAGCCGCAACACUGGCACUCUCGUACUCCCCCGAGAAGGGGCUUCCUGGCUCCAAUGUUACCCGCCCCGCUCUGUCGAUAACUACGUUUGGGAGGAACAGACAGAAGUCGACUGACAACUUGCGAACCUUGAACUCAGAUAGCAAUGGUGGGCCCUCAAGCUUCUCCAAAUCUCCCUUGAGUGCGGCAGAAGCCAAUUCAUCCGUCGGCAUGCAACCAAUACCUCUCAGACACAACGCUCCUCCUCCACGUCCACCGGGAACAUCACACUCGAAUUACAGCCAGAGCAAUGGAGUGAUUGGACAGGCUACACCGCUUGUACCACCUUCAAAUGGCUAUAACCCAAGUGUCGUCUUUCAGCAUAUACAUGAUUUAGCUACCAAGAGAAUAUCUACAUUAGACUAUCUAAGGAAGGCCCAUGAAGGACGCGUAUAUUGGUUCAACACUUUGCUCUUCGGCAAGAACGAUCUCGCCCGCCUACAAUUUUUCGAUCCCAAGAAGCUUGGUCGUCGCGCAACGAACUAUCUGAUACUAGGCUACUCAAUACCUACAAUCUUAGACUUAAACUCUCAGUCUCCCACAGAAUAUCUCAGAGCAUGGAAUACUCUUCUUGUCGAAUUCGAGACAUAUCAGACCAACCACCCACCUGACGGCUCCACACCUUCCUCCCUGACACGAGCCCGACUACCACAAAUGUUCAAACGUGCAAACCCUCUCGGUGGUGGCAAGGGACGGCGAUCGUCGAGUGCGGCAGACCUCAUGGGACUGGGCAAUCAAGAUGGAACCCCCAGUAUCGACAUGUCGUUAUCGGGAGAAAGUGACCUGCUCCCAGGGGAAGAAUACGACUUACUUCUUACGCCAGCGCUGCCGUUUGACCCGGACUUUUUUGAGACGUUCGCGACACUGUGCGACGUCUUGAUCGACUGUUAUACCAAGGUGAUGACCAUGAUAAAUAGCCCGGAGCAGUGUGCGCCUGGCGUAAGCGAUCUCUUUGCAAAGGCUGAUGCAAGAGUGCGGAAAGUCAUAGUGGCAGGCGUUGUCCGCGAGUUCGAAGAGGCGAGUCGUACGGGUGUCAAAGGUGAGAUGGCUGGCGUAGGGAAAGUCGUCUUGGGUGGUCUGAUGUGAGACAUAUCUUACCGAUGUGUUAAUAUCCAGGUCGGUCUGAUAUGAGAAGCAUGGAGCAGGCGUUUAAUGAGCAUUCUGAGGAGUAUUUGCGGGACUUAGCGUUGCAUUCAGGGGGCUAUGGCUAUGAAAGGCAUGAUGGGAGGUAUUGGAUUGAGCGUGCAUUGAUGAGUAGCACGAAAGCCAUGAGUUGAAUGUCCUGACAAUUACGAUUUAUACGAACUCCAUUUUGAGCGUGGAUGUUUGCUUCGCCU